ACCCUCUCGUUAACACUAGAGUCUGAGAGGUUCAUAGGAGAUAUACUCACUGUCCUAUUUAUUUCAAACAAAACACACGUACAUACACCGGUACAGUCUAACUAGUGUUUUCUGGUGGAUUUUCAUUCAUAUUUAUUCAACAAUGACAUGGAUGAUUGCUAAAUACUUUAAACGCUGCGGAUUUCGGCGUUGAGAUAGCUGUCGGACCCACUUCAUAUCUGGCUACUUGAGAGAGACCGGUGAUUUCCUGUUGCUGUGUGUAUGCAGAAUAAGUUAGUUAUUUGUUUCCUUUACAAAUGUUUACAUAAACCAUUGUGAUACUGCUGCACUUAAAAAACGACAUUAUGAUUUACAUAGCUCUUAUAUAUACGGAAUGCACAGUGGAUAAUUAAUCAAAAUAUUUCCAACAUCAACUUCUAAACAAGUCCUGAGUUAUGACGACAAACGGGAAAUCUAAAUCCGUGGACACCCGGAUAGUUGUACUAGGCCGUCCAUGUGUUGGAAAAUCAGCCCUGGUUGUGAGGUAUUUAACAAAGCGAUUCAUUUGGGAAUACGACCCGACACUAGAAUGUACAUACAAACACCAUACCGUUGUGGAUGACGAACCAGUGGUUAUUGAGAUUCUGGACACAGCGGGACAGGACGAGACAAUCCAUAGGGAAGGUCACGUGCGCUGGGCUGAUGGAUUCGUGUUGGUGUACGCCAUUAACGACCGACAGAGUUUUGAGGACAUAUACAGUAUAAAACAGUACCUGGACGACAUCAAGCGGACAAAUGUCCAGUGUAUACUAGUGGGAAAUAAAACCGAUCUUCUGCACGAGCGGAAAAUCAGUACAUCUGAAGGACAGAAGCUGGCUCAGGACAUGGCGUGUGCAUUCUUUGAAACCUCCGCCAGUGACGGCGGGGAGGAAAUUUGUGAACUAUUUUGUGAGCUACACCGCGAGGUGAAACGCCGGAAGAUGAUCGAAAGUAAGCCACGCAGGCGCAGCUCAGCCCAACAAGUUCGUCAAGUAUUGACAAAAAUGUUUAAUAAGCAGAACAGCAAACAAAUUACGUCAUGACUAUAAUAGUGUAUCGAGCUCUUACAUAUCCGUCAUUGUUUUAUGUUAUAAACUUUACAUCGUUUUGUCCCUUUAAUAAAUUAUUCGCUGAAAGU